UCGGCGGGAGCGGCGCAGCGCGGGCCGGGCCGGGGCAGGGACUGUGGGCUGCAGGCAGCCAUGCCCACCAACUUCACCGUGGUGCCCGUGGAGGCGCGCGCCGACGGCGGCGGGGACGAGGCGGCCGAGCGGACGGAGGCGCCGGGCACCCCCGAGGGCCCCGAGCCCGAGCGCCCCAGCCCGGGAGAUGGAAAUCCAAGAGAAAACAGCCCAUUCCUCAACAAUGUUGAGGCGGAACAGGAGAGUUUCUUUGAAGGGAAGAACAUGGCACUUUUCGAGGAGGAGAUGGACAGCAACCCCAUGGUGUCCUCACUGCUCAACAAGCUGGCCAACUACACCAACCUGAGCCAGGGCGUGGUGGAGCAUGAGGAGGACGAGGAGAGCCGGCGGCGCGAGGCCAAGGCUCCGCGCAUGGGCACCUUCAUUGGCGUCUACCUGCCAUGCCUGCAGAACAUCCUGGGUGUCAUCCUCUUCCUGCGCCUGACGUGGAUCGUGGGGGUGGCUGGUGUCCUGGAGUCCUUCCUCAUCGUGGCCAUGUGCUGCACCUGCACAAUGCUGACCGCCAUUUCCAUGAGUGCGAUUGCUACCAACGGCGUGGUGCCAGCUGGCGGCUCCUACUACAUGAUAUCGCGCUCGCUGGGACCCGAGUUCGGAGGCGCUGUCGGCCUCUGCUUCUACCUGGGCACGACGUUCGCAGGGGCCAUGUAUAUUCUGGGGACCAUCGAGAUCCUUCUGACAUACAUCUCCCCGGGUGCGGCCAUCUUCCAGGCAGAGGCUGCGGGUGGCGAGGCGGCCGCCAUGCUGCACAACAUGCGUGUGUAUGGCACGUGCACGCUGGUGCUCAUGGCCCUGGUGGUCUUCGUGGGCGUCAAGUACGUCAACAAGCUGGCGCUGGUCUUCCUGGCCUGUGUCGUGCUGUCCAUCCUGGCCAUCUACGCCGGCGUCAUCAAGUCUGCCUUCGACCCCCCGGACAUCCCGGUCUGCCUCCUGGGGAACCGCACGCUGUCUCGGCGCAGCUUUGAUGCCUGCGUCAAGGCCUACGUCACCGACAACAACUCAGCCGCCUCUGCACUCUGGGGCCUCUUCUGCAACGGCUCCCAGCCCAGCGCCACGUGUGACGAGUACUUCAUCCAGAACAACGUCACCGAAAUCCAGGGCAUCCCGGGUGCGGCCAGCGGCGUCUUCCUGGAGAACCUGUGGAGUACGUACGCGCACGCAGGGGCGUUUGUGGAGAAGAAAGGUGUGCCCUCGGUGCCUGUGGCAGAGGAGAGCCGUGCCAGCACGCUGCCCUACGUGCUCACCGACAUCGCGGCCUCCUUUACCCUCCUGGUUGGCAUCUACUUCCCCUCCGUGACCGGUAUCAUGGCGGGUUCAAACCGGUCCGGGGACCUCAAGGAUGCACAGAAGUCCAUCCCCACGGGGACCAUCCUGGCCAUAGUGACCACGUCUUUCAUCUAUCUCUCCUGCAUUGUGCUGUUUGGGGCCUGCAUCGAAGGUGUGGUCUUACGAGAUAAGUUCGGGGAGGCCCUGCAGGGGAACCUGGUCAUCGGCAUGCUGGCCUGGCCCUCCCCCUGGGUCAUCGUCAUCGGCUCCUUCUUCUCGACCUGCGGCGCCGGCCUGCAGAGCCUCACGGGGGCACCGCGCCUGCUGCAGGCCAUUGCCCGUGAUGGCAUCAUCCCCUUCCUGCGGGUGUUUGGCCACGGGAAGGCCAACGGGGAGCCCACGUGGGCGUUGUUGCUGACGGUCCUCAUCUGUGAGACUGGCAUCCUUAUUGCCUCCCUGGACAGCGUGGCCCCGAUCCUCUCCAUGUUCUUCCUCAUGUGCUACCUGUUCGUGAACCUGGCCUGCGCCGUGCAGACCCUGCUACGUACCCCCAACUGGCGUCCACGCUUCAAGUUCUACCACUGGACCCUGUCCUUCCUGGGCAUGAGCCUGUGCCUGGCACUGAUGUUCAUCUGCUCCUGGUACUAUGCGCUCUCCGCCAUGCUCAUCGCUGGCUGCAUCUACAAGUACAUCGAGUACCGCGGUGCCGAGAAGGAGUGGGGCGACGGCAUCCGCGGCCUGUCCCUGAAUGCUGCCCGCUAUGCCCUGCUGCGUGUGGAGCACGGGCCUCCCCACACCAAGAACUGGAGGCCCCAGGUGCUGGUGAUGCUGAACCUGGAUGCAGAGCAGGCUGUGAAGCACCCCCGCCUGCUGUCCUUCACGUCGCAGCUGAAGGCCGGCAAGGGCCUGACCAUCGUGGGCUCGGUGCUGGAAGGGACGUACCUGGACAAACACAUGGAGGCACAGCGGGCCGAGGAGGGCCCGCUGCCCUCCGGGUUGAGGUCUGUCUGCACGGAGGCCUCUGGCUGCCGCGCCGGGCUGGUGCGGGGACUUGUAGUAACAGGGCCCCCCGACACGGUGCUGAGUUCCUGCCAGGCCAGGGCAGUGCCGCGUCCUCCUGAAACGCUGCAGUUCUGCAAGGUGGUUUUCCCAGCGGCAGCUGGGCAGAAGGUGGAGGUGUCUGGAGAGCAGGCAGGAGGGACAACCCUCUCCUGGAAGAACUUUGUGGACACCGUCCGCGACACCACCACCGCGCACCAGGCUCUGCUGGUGGCCAAGAACGUCGACUCGUUUCCGCAAAACCAGGAGCGCUUCAGCGGGGGCUGCAUCGACGUGUGGUGGAUCGUGCACGACGGCGGCAUGCUCAUGCUGCUGCCCUUCCUGCUGCGCCAGCACAAGGUGUGGAGGAAGUGCCGGAUGCGCAUCUUCACGGUGGCCCAGGUGGACGACAACAGCAUCCAGAUGAAGAAGGACCUGCAGAUGUUCCUGUACCACCUGCGCAUCAGCGCCGAGGUGGAAGUGGUGGAGAUGGUUGAAAACGACAUUUCUGCUUUCACCUACGAGAGGACACUCAUGAUGGAGCAGAGGUCACAGAUGCUGAAGCAGAUGCAGCUGUCCAGGAGCGAGCGGGAGCGAGAGGCCCAGCUGAUCCACGACAGGAACACUGCGUCCCAUACCGCAACAGCGGCCAGGACCCAAGCGCCGCCUACGCCAGACAAGGUGCAGAUGACCUGGACCAGGGAGAAGCUGAUUGCCGAGAAGUACAGGAACAGAGACACCAGCUUGUCUGGGUUCAAAGACCUCUUCAGCAUGAAGCCGGACCAGUCCAACGUCAGGCGGAUGCACACGGCUGUGAAGCUCAAUGGCGUCGUCCUCAACAAGUCCCAGGACGCACAACUGGUCCUGCUCAACAUGCCAGGGCCCCCCAAAAACCGGCAGGGAGACGAGAACUACAUGGAGUUUCUUGAGGUCCUGACCGAGGGGCUGAACAGAGUCCUCCUGGUCAGGGGUGGCGGCCGGGAGGUGAUCACCAUCUACUCCUAACGCCCAACAGCGUUGCGGCACGCUGGGACGGGCACGGAGGACGGCGUGGGCGGCCUGCACCUGGGCUUGGCCCAGGGAAACAGCAAACACACCUGUCCCCCAGUGAUGCCACCCAACCUGCCCGUGGGGCUUCCUGUGGAAGUUUCUAGGCCCGUCACCUGGGGCUCUCCUGUUCAGCAGCCUUAAACGACAGGCUCAACCAGCAAGGGUGCGGCUGGACACUGCUGGAGUGACCUGGACGUGGCCGGAUCUUCUCGCAGGUCGCAAGACGCCAGCAAGCCCUCGCCUUGGUUUCUGGAGGUUCUUUUCUUGGCUGGACUUACCCAGUGGUUAGGUUGCGUUUCUACCCCAUCCAGAACAUUCUUGGAAGAGCACCCGGAGCUGAAGCUGUCCCUGGUGAUGAAGGUGAAACGUCAGCCCUGGCCGUGGCUCCGCUCAGGGCCCUGGUCACCUCCGAGUCGCUGUGUUCCUUGACUGUCUUUGUGUUUCUGCACCUCAAGGCAGGGAGGCUGGAGGACUCUGUCCACGCCCGUGUCACCCUCGUGUGGGAGCGUCUGGGCUCAGCAGGUCCGCGUUUCACGAGCUGAGGCGUGGGCUGGGGCCAUCUGGAAAGGGAACUCAGCUUUUCUGGAAUAUGGUGGAUCAUCUGUUGUGUGUGUGGUGAACACGGUGUGUUCGUCAGGACCUAUGCUCCAGGAAGGAGCCCCCAGUUGUGGCUCUGCCAUGCCGGGCUGUGUUCGUAGCCAUCCGAGUCUCCAUCCGCCUUCAGAAAACCAGCCACUUCUUUUCAUAAGCACUGACAGGGCCCAGCCCACAGCCACCGCUGCCGUCAGUGCCUCGCACAGGUGAAUGCACUGAAACCCAGGGGCACACGCACACGGAGUGAACACUGAGUUCCCCAUACGGCCCAUGACAGGCAGGACUCCAUCCCACCCCACCCCAGGAGCACGGCACAUGGUUCAGCCUCUGAGCCGGCUCACACGUGCCAUCCCCACCCGGGCGCUCCAGGGAAGGUGGACACGGCCCCUGCGUGGGAGGUCCUCGGGCAGCAGUGGCGCCUGGCGUCAGAUCUGUCUGGCUGAGUCCCAGGCGUCCCCUCCAUGGCCUGUGCCUUGCGUGGAGGCGGCGGCGGUGGCACUGAAGAGAUACCUUUCAAGGGCCCAGCACACUUUGCACUUCCGCUGUGAGUUUGCUUUACAGGCUGUGGUCACAUUUGCAGACUGCGAGCAGUGGCACCGACUUGGGCCUUCCUUUGUGUGUGGCGUAUUUAUUUAUUUAAACACCCCAGGGAGUUACAUGGUAAGGAGGUUGUCCAUGAAGAGCUUGCUUCUAUACUGGAGGCCCCAGAUGGCCAGGCCUCGGGCUGCGUCCGGCUUGCACGGUCUCCCGAGGGAAUCAGCCCCAUCAACGAAGUUCGAAUCAGGGCAGAGGCUGCACUUGUGCCUCCAGACAGUGGUUUCCGCACCAGGCUGGCGUUGCUGUAGAGUGACGGCUGCCUAGAGCAUGUCCUGGACAUCACAGCGGGGCUCAGCAGUUCCCACAGCCUCUGCCUGCCUUGGCUAAGUGUGAGUUAAGCAGCAAAACUCUCCUCCGUGUAUGAAUGGGGCCAGCAGGUCCUGUGUCCCCUGCACCUGGAGGAGAGCAGGCUAGAGGCACAGUGGCCGCUGGGUGCUGGCUCUGAAUGUCGGUUGGUGGCUGGAAAACAGCCCUGUGUGCUGGAUGCCUCUGAGGGCCGCUCAGUCCUGCACACCAAACGGCUCGUGAGGGCUCAGCUCUGCCUCCACCCUGGGCUGCAGCCUCUGCAAGCAAGCAACAGGCAUCCUUUCUGUUAUCAACUCCAUGUAACCAGUAACUACGGCCAUUUAUAAUUGACUCCGUUUCCUUUUGUAGGUUCCCUGUCUUUGUUCUUUGUAUGAUUUUGUUAGUAGAAAAAUAAAGUCCGAUGAAAUCUGA